AAGAUAUUUAAAUCUAAUAGUGGUUACUCAACAUAUAAAUAAGAAACUCAAAGGAAAAAACAAAAAAACAAAAAACAAAUAAAUAAAUUGGAAAAGGAAAAAUCGGUACCACGCAACCGAUCCUUGCCCAGACCUAGUUAAAUCAUCGUUCAAUUUAUUUUCACCUAUACCUCAUCGUGAAGUUUUGAAAAGUAAGGUGAGACUUUUCAUUGAGAUUCUUGAAGGUAGAAUCCAUUUGAUAAUGUUUUGGACCUCAUUACUAUAAUUUUCACUUAUUUUUUCAGUUUUGGGCUUAAAUAUUAUAUUAAAUAUACAUUUGUUGCUCAAUGUAAUAAUAAAUAAAUAAAGAAUAUCCAUAUCUUUUUUUGAACAAAAGAAUAUCCAUAUCUAACAACAUUAGAUAAUGCCACUUAAUAUUACGGUCUAAUGAUUUCAUCUUUACUUGUAAGUGAGAGGUUUUAAGUUUGAUUCUCACCAAAAGCGAAUUUAAAUCACAUUAUUCCUAUCCCAGAGGAUAAACUCACCCUCUCUCCUUAAUAUUAAUAUCCUUUGUUAAGGAAAAAAAACCAACAUUAGAUAUUCAAUUUGUGUUGUUUGUAAUCAAAAUUUAUAGUUUUAAUGUGCUUAUAAUUACUAGUUUAUUUAACAUGAAAUGAGUAUUAAAAUCAUUACAAUUUAUGAUUUCAGGUACGUGUACGAGGAUUUGAAUCCUUGACGGAUCCCCUUCUUGGAGAUCUUAGGGAUCAACGCACACGGACCAUUGAUAAAAAAUCGUGUGGCCCCAAUUAAAUACUUUAUAUAUUUUUAAAAGUAAAAAAGUCUCGUUUUUCGUGAAAAAUAUAAAAAUGAAAAAAUUGUAAUUGCACGAUUUUUGAUCAACGGUCCGUAUUCCUUGAUCCUUAGGAUCCCCGGGAGGGGAUCCGGCGAGGAUCCAAAUCCCGUGUACGAGACAUAGACUAAAAAAAUAGGUAGUUUUAAUGAAAAGCCCACUGUAUUGUUUAUUUAACGAAAAAAUACAUUUUUACAUUAAAAAGUUAAAUAUGAUACUAUUCACUUUACCUUUUAUAUUGACAAGACUUAGGCCAAUUAUUAAGGGAUAAUUACCUAGAAAUCACACUUUUGACCGGAAAAUACCCAGAAAUCAAGCAGUAUUGCCAACAAGGAUGGUGAAAGCCAUUCGAGUUCAUGAACUUGGUGGUCCUCAGGUCUUGAAAUGGGAAGAUGUGGAAAUAGGAGAGCCGAAGGAGGGGGAGGUUUGUGUGAAGAACAAGGCGAUAGGGGUUAAUUUCAUCGAUGUAUACUUCCGCAAAGGACUUUAUUAUAAGGCUGAUACAAUGCCCUUCUCCCCAGGUAUGGAAUCUUGUGGAGUUGUGACAGCCUUAGGACCUGGAGUAACAGGCAGGCGAGUUGGAGAUCUGGUGGCCUAUGUUGGCACUCCGAUGGGGUCAUAUGCGGAAGAGCAGAUUCUUCCUGAAAACAAAGUGGUGCCCGUUCCUCCUUCAAUUGAUCCUAUUGUUGCAGCAUCCAUAUUGCUUAAGGGUAUGACAGCUCAGGUUCUACUACGCCAGUCUUUCAAGGUCGAACCAGGACACACAGUCCUUGUUCACGCAGCAGCUGGUGGAGUUGGAUCCCUUUUAUGCCAGUGGGCUAAUGCGCUUGGUGCAAUUGUCAUUGGAACUGUAUCAACUAAAGAGAAGACAGCUCAGGCCAAGGAUGAUGGAUGUCGCCAUGUCAUAGUGUACACGGAAGAGGAUUUUGUUGCUCGAGUGACAGUAAUAACAUCUGACAAUGGCGUUGAUGUUGUCUAUGAUUCUGUAGGGAAGGAUACCUUUCAGGGAUCAUUGGCAUGCUUGAAGACUCGUGGAUACAUGGUGAGUUUCGGACAAGCAUCAGGUGCAAUUGAUCCGGUCCCACUAUCAGCUCUUGCAGCAAAAUCACUCUUCCUGACCAGGCCGGCCCUGUUCCAGUACACUGCAGCUCGAGACAAAUUGUUAAAGGUUGCGGCAGAGGUCUUUGCUAAUGUUGCAUCAGGCGUAUUGCGCGUUCGAGUAAAUCACAAAUACGCAUUGUCUCACGCAGCACAAGCUCAUGCAGACCUCGAGAACAGGAAAACAUCUGGCUCGGUUGUGCUCAUACCCUAAAAUUUCUGCCUCAACUGCUGUUCUUCGUGAACAGAUUAAUAUGAGUUGGUUUGCAAAAUGCAAUGAUGUUAUCUCCAACUUUAGUGACAGACAGACUCGUUAAGCAAGCAAAAAAAGGCAAUUGUAUUUUUCGCAUUUCUGCUGAAAGGCAAAACUGUUUCUGUCAAACAGCUGGGUAUGUAUCACAUAACGUAUGUCUCUCUCAUCAUUUGAGUAUACACAUGGUUUUCUCAA